CUUUAGAAAUAAUGUCUAAACCUUUAACUCAAACAUUAAUUGCUUAGAAAGCUAAAACAGAAGCUUUAUACAGUAUUAAAUCAUUGAACUUAUGGGGAAAUGAUCUUGAUGACAUCUCAAUAAUUGAACGACUCCCUAAUCUUGAAGUUCUUUCUUUAUCAGUUAAUAGGAUCACUACUCUUGCUGAUAUUGCAAAAUGUAAAAAUAUUAAAGAGCUGUAUUUGAGAAAAAACAAUAUUUCAAGUAUUACAGAAUUACAAUUCCUACAACAAUUACCUAAAUUAAAAGUCUUAUGGCUUUAAGGUAUAAUUUAAUUAAAUAUUAGAAAAUCCAAUUGCUGAUCAUCCUAAUUAUAGAGAUGCUGUAAUUUCCAAUUCUUUAACACUUGAAAAAUUAGAUGAUAUUGUCAUCAGUUAAUAAGACAGGGCUAAUGCAUAAUAAUAAUUAUAAUAUGGAAUUUCAUAAAGUCCACCUACCAAAAUAUAAAAAGUAGAUGAAGAAAUGCCAUAAUUUGUUGAAGUUAUUAAACCUAAUCAAUAUUCUCCUAAUAAUGGCGGAGGAAGAUAUUCAAAUUAAAGAGAAUAAUAAACAAAUCAAUAAAGAUAAUCAUAAUAACAAAUGUAACAAUUUCAUUAAUCAUAAUAACAGUAAUAAUUAUAUCAAUAACAAUAAUUAUUAAUAUAGAGAGAAAGAGAGUAAUAAUAAAAAGAAUAACAAUAAUAAUAUUUAUAAUAAUAACAAUAUCAAUAAUAAAUUUAGUAAUAACAAUAAUCACAAUUACUUUUACAAUAAUAAUAACAAUAGUAAUAAUACUAAAGACAAGCAAUAAGAUAAGAAUAUCCUGAUGAAGAAAGAAAUUCAAAUAUAUUAUGUGCUAUAUUAUCUCUUUUAAAAGAAUUAGACAAACCUACAUUAGAAGUAGUUUCAAGAGAAGUAUAUGAUAGAUUAUAAUAAUAUUAAGAGUGA